ACUAUUCUAUGGCUUGUCUAACCUAAUUUGAAUAUUGUUUUGUUUUUGUUGGAUGUUAUUCUGAUUGUAAUUUUUAGAUUGAGAAUUGAAAUGAGAUCUUACGAGGAAAACGAUUCGUUAAUUUUAGCUUCUGGAGGAUAUGACCACACGAUAAAAUUUUGGGAAACUGAUACCGGUUUCUGCAAACGAACAGUCCAACAUGCGGAGUCUCAAGUGAAUGCAUUGGAGGUCACUCCAGACCAAGUGUAUCUUGCAGCAGCAUCCUAUCAACAUGUAUAUAUGUAUGAUUUAGUAGCAAACAACUCCAGUCCAGUUAUAAAUUUUGAAGGGGCUACCAAGAAUAUUACAGAUAUAGGAUUUCAACAGGAUGCAAAGUGGAUGUAUUCUGGUGGUGAAGACUGUAAAGCAAGAAUAUGGGAUUUGAAAGAUUCUGCAUCUCAAGCACCAAGGUGCUACAAUGCUGGAAAUCCAAUCACCAGUGUCUGUCUUCAUCCUAAUCAAGUGGAACUGUUUAUUGGUGAUCAGAAUGGGAUUAUCCAUCGGUGGGAUUUGAAGACUGAUAAUACAGACCAAAUUAUUCCUGAGCAAGACGCUAUGAUCUUAGAUAUAGCCAUUGAUCCUUUAGGCCAUUACAUGGCUAGUGUAAAUUCCAAGGGAAGAUGCUAUAUAUGGGAAUUACAAGGUAGUUCUGAAGAACCAACAAAAAUCAAACCGAAGUUUAAGUUUGAUGCUCACAAUAAAUAUGCACUGAAGGUUUUAUUCAGUCAUGAUUCAUCGUUACUUGCAACAACAUCUGGGGAUCAAAGUUUGAAAAUUUGGUCUAUGAAAGAUUACUCCUUGAUACAGGAAUUCAAGCAAGAGGGCCAAAGAUGGGUCUGGGAUGCUGCUUUUAGUGGAGAUGAUCAAUAUAUAUUUUCUGCUUCAUCUGAUGGUGUUGUCAGACUAUGGAAUGUGUCAAACGGAAAUAUCGAGAGGGAAUAUGCUGGUCAUCAAAAAGCAGUUACUGCAAUUGCUUUCAAAGAUUCGUCAGUUUUACCAUGAGAGUACAAUAGUAAUCAUAUUCGAUAAAGAGGAAGAUCGAGAAAGAAGUGAAGUUUAUUGCAUUUGUUCUGUUUUACGCAUAAGAUAAAAAAUUCACUUGUUAGAACCUGUUUAAAAAGUAUUUGAAUCCAAAACAAAGUUAAGGAAUACAUGUAUUGUGAUAUUACAUUAUGUCUGACCAUAAACUAUUUAUGGAUUUCGUUGUAAAAAUUGUGAAUAUAUUAUGAUUUUUGAA